AUUAUCCUAUCAACAACUAUCCGACCCGUUACGAGAGGCCUUAAAAGCUUCGAGCAAAACCCUAGCCUCCACUAUCCUCAUCCCUUCUCCUACCCCGCCACUGUUCGUGCGGCGCCGAUCCCCUCCUCCCCCGCGGCGAUGGUUUUCAAGCGCUACGUGGAGAUUGGAAGGGUCGCCCUCGUCAACUAUGGCAAGGACUACGGGAGGCUCGUUGUUAUCGUCGAUGUUAUCGAUCAGAACCGAGCUUUGGUCGAUGCCCCUGACAUGGUGCGAUGCCAAAUGAACUUCAAGAGGCUUUCACUGACCGACAUUAAAAUCGACAUUCCACGAAUUCCAAAGAAGAAGUCAUUGAUUGCUGCAAUGGAAGCUGCCGAUGUCAAGAACACAUGGGAGAAGAGCUCGUGGGGGAGGAAGCUGAUUGUCCAGAAAAAGAGAGCUUUGCUAAACGACUUUGAUAGGUUCAAGGUCAUGUUGGCAAAAAUUAAGAGAGCAGGGACCAUCAACCAAGAGCUUGCGAAACUUAAAAAGCAGAAUGCCGCUUGAACUCCUUGCGGUAGAGAUAGGAAAUUUUGAGAAAUUUGAAUCUGUUGCAUCAAUCUUUUUUCUUUUUGGUUUCUUAUUGAACUUACUUUGUGAGCCUUGUUUCAGAUAUUUUAGAUUCGGUCGCAUCUUCUGUUGACACCUGCUGGUAAUCUGUGAUGCGUCUUUUUCUCUUCUAUUGUGUCUUUGUUUCUAGUAGUUAUUUUGUGGAUUGGAAUUGCUUUGUGGUUACAAGUUUCGACCGUUUGUUUUGCAGUAUUUGUAGUUUGCUAUAAUGUAACUGCAGUUGUUGCAUUAGUUAUUGUUUCUA